UUCUUACCUUAAAACCGAAACUAAACGGCUUUUCCUCGCGGAAGGUCUGCAUUCAGUAAAAAUGAGCUAAUAAAAUAUUUCAAAUUCACAUUUCAUGUCGUUUUUUUCUCAUGUGGCAAGUAGGCGUGUAAUAAGCGGGAUAAUGUACAAGCAGCCGGCUGUUAUCGUGUAAUAAGCCCCUUCAGUGAGACACAAGACCCUCCGCUUCACGUCCUGAUCACACUGUCUGGAUUAUUUCUGCCAUAACAACCGGCUGCCUGGACAUUAUCCCUCACAUAAACAACAUGAUUUUUGAAUUAUUUAAAAAGGAGUUAUCUUGUGCAAAUAAACUAUAUGUGACCCUGGACAACAAAACCAAUCUUAAGUAGCACGGGAACAUUUUUAGUAAUCGGCAAAAAUACAUGGUAUGGGUAAAAAUUAACGAUUUUUCUUUUUGCCAAAAAUCAUUAGGAUAUUAAGUAAAGACCAUGUUCCAUGAAGAUAUUUUAUAAAUGUCCUACUGUAUAUGUAUAAAAACUUUAUUUUUGUGAGUGGAUGGCCUGCUACAGUGCCUCAGAUUAACAACUUCAAAGGCGAUUUUCUCAAUAUUUUGAUUUUUCUGCACCCUCAGAUUCCAACUUUGUAAAUAGUUGUUGUUCCACCAGAUAGUGUCCUAUCCUAACAAACCACAUAUCAAUAGAAAGCUUAUUUCUUCAGCUUUCAGAUGAUGUAAAAAUCUCAAUUUAGAAAAAUUGACCCUUAAGACUGGUUUUGUCGUCCAGGGUCACAUAUGUUCAUAUAAAGUAUAUGUUCAGUUAAUUGUAAGCAUGUUGCCUGUCUCAUUAACAGUUAGCAGAUAUCUUUAUGGUUGAGCUCAUUGUCAUGAAAUCUUUCUAAAAUGUUUAGGUUUCAAGGCAGACUGCCGGUGUUAGUUAUUUUAGGAUUGUAGUGAGUUGGUCUUCGUGACGUAAGAGUCCUCUUCACUAACCUCUCACAGGUUUAGGAGCUAGUUUUAGUGCCAAAACGCUUUGUGAAAUACUAACAAACAUUUAGGAGUCCUAAAAUUAGGCCAGACACGCCCAUUAUUUUUAAGAGUUUCCCCUAAAUCCCCAAGUUAUGAGCUUCUUUCAGCCUUCAGAGGUUUUGUGAAUACGGGCCCUGAUGUGAAUAGGAAUUGUCUUGUGUUUUCAGUUCAUUUGUCUGGUGUCUUUUCUGGUGACUGUGGAAAUAGCAGCAGGUGUGAUGGCCUUCAUGUGGAGUGGACAGGUUGCAGAGGAGUUGGCAAAUUUCUACAUCUCCGUCUACACUCAGUAUUUGAACACCCGGGCUCAAGGUCAAGCCAUCACCCUCAAAAUUUUCCACAAUGCUUUUGACUGUUGUGGUAUUGGAGGAGCCAUUGAGUUGUUUGUUCGAGACACGUGUCCUGAAGGCAGCUUCCUGCAGCAGAUCACAUAUUCAAGUUGUCCCAAUGUGAUUAAGGGUAUGUUCCAGUCGAAUGCUCCGCUGGUGUUGGGAGGUUUUCUAGGAACAGCUGGAGUCAUGUUGGUGGCGCUGGUGUGCAGCAUCAUCCUCGGAAGAGAAAACUCAGCGCCUCGCGCGUCUCCACCUGCAUAUGUGCUCCUCACGUCUCCACAUCAUCAGAUGUGUGCUUCACCAGCUCUCCCUCAGCAUGUCUAACUCUCUCUGUCUGUCUCUCUCUCUCUCUCUGUCUGUCUUGCAGUUGGUGGCUCUGGUGUGUAGUUGUGUUCUGAACAACAGUCUAAAGACGUCUCCGUUCCUCUACUGAGACACAAACUCUGUCUGUGAUGAAGACAUGAAUCCUGUGGAAAUACUGUUACUCCUCAUUAAACCCUUUUAACAUUUCAUGCCAUGUGAUUUCAACUUUUAUUUGAUGUGUUCUUUUUUAUUACUGUAACCCAUUAAAGAUACUUACAGAAACCCGU